AUGUCUGUGUGCGAGAACGUGCACGCAGUGAUCACAUCGCGCAAGAGAUCCACUGCCAUGACUGCCGCCCACGACAGCCAACACCAACUGGUGAUCAACGGGUCCGACGCCGAGGGCGACGAAGACGACGACAUCGAUGUCAUCGAGAAGUGUCUGUCAAACACGAGUACAGCCCGAGUCGGCGACCCAAUGACCAGCACUCAGUGGUCGUUAACUGAGUCCAGCGAUCGCCCGUUGGACACAAUGAUACCAUCGGAACCGUUGGCCACCACCAGACACAGGGAUCGGCUGCGGCGGGCGUUGAAGUACUACUUCAUGUCGCCGGUGGACAAGUGGCGGGCGAAGGGACGCCUGCCCUACAAACUCGGCCUUCAGGUCAUCAAAAUAGUGUUCGUCACGAUUCAGCUCAUUAUCUUCGGCAUCGAUAUGUCCGACUAUAUGACACUCGAGGCCAAUAUGGCGACGUCUUUGCGUAAACUAUUUCUUCCCAAUUACGACACCCUUCGGGAAGUGAUGACAUACCCUCCGGCCGCCGGUCCGUACGCUCUGUACGAGCGUCAAGACGUGUUCGACUCAAUGGAUUACGCCAUCCAUCGGUUCGCCAACAUAUCCACACUCAGUGUCGGCUCAUUCGGCUAUCAGACGCCCAACACUACCGAACAGCCCAUGUCUGCGCUCCGGGUGUGUGUCCGCCGCUACCAAAAGGCAGCGCUCGAGCCCUCCAACUACUACUACUUCAUCGACAAUAAGAUCCGCACCGAUUGCAUCGCCAUCAACAACACGUACCCACCGGGCGAUCAGCGCUGGAAUCAAUUCAAAUUCAAAGACUUUAUCGCCGAACACAAGUUUGAUCUCCUCUUUGAGAGUCUGGUCUCCAUCGAGAUGUCUGUGCCGUUGCGUACGAUAUAUCUGAACAGUUUGUCCACAUAUGACGCGCCCGAGUGUUACAAUCUGAACGUGAAUAUCCUGUUCGACAACAGCCAACACUCGGGCCAAAUGUUGGUCUCGUUGUCGUCGGCGAGCGUACGGCACGAAUGCGACGGCAAUCUGAAGGACAACGAAGAGCAGACACACGUCGAGCGGCAGGUGUUGAACGUCGGCGUAAUACUGCUGUGCGUUCUGUCAUUCUUCCUGUGCCUUCGGUCCAUCAUUAGGGGCCAAAAGUUGCGCUCAAAAACCGUUUACUUCUUUCGCAAACAUUUGGGCAAAGAGUUGUCCGCCGAAGACUGGCGACAGUUCAUCGACGGCUGGAUUAUAAUGAUUAUAGUGAACGACGUGCUGAUCGUCACCGGUUCCGUCGAGAAGAUCAAUAUGGAGACCAAUUCACUCCACGGCUCGCACUAUAACUACUGUUCACUGAUGCUGGGCGUCGGCAAUCUGUUGGUCUGGUGCGGACUCUUACGCUAUUUGGGUUUCUUUCACAAAUACAAUGUACUCAUAGUGACGCUCAAACACGCUCUGCCGCAUGUCCUACGGUUCCUCCUCUGCGCUCUUAUACUCUACAGUGGCUUUUGUUUCUGCGGUUGGGUUGUAUUGGGUCCCUAUCACUACAAGUUCCGCACCAUUUCCCGCACAUCCGAGUGCUUGUUCGCGCUCAUGAAUGGUGACGAUCUGUUCGCCACAUUUGCCAUAACCAACACUAAAUCGUCGAUCAUAUGGUGGUUCAGUCGACUAUAUCUCUACGGAUUCAUAGUGCUGUUCAUAUACGUGGUGUUGAGUCUAUUCAUCGCCAUUAUAAUGGACUCGUAUGAGACAAUCAAAGACUAUUACCAAAAUGGCUUCCCAUUGACUGAUGUGCAGAAGUUUAUCGCCGAAAGCGAGGACUCGAUGGCCAGUUAUCUGGAGGAUCAAAGGGACGCGCAUACACUGCGCCGCUCGUGCGUCCAGUGCUGGAACCGAUUCAAGUCAAUGGUGUCUUCGGCGACCCCUGGGAGACGAUAAUUAACGGUGUCUUUCGAUUUGUUAAUUGUAUUAUUAUUUUGACUCAAAGACUGUGACGAUUGGACAGCGAUUGUCGUC